CCGGGCCCGGCGAGGCCGCGGGGCCAUGACCGAGUACAAGCUGGUGGUGGUGGGCGCGGGCGGCGUGGGCAAGAGCGCGCUGACCAUCCAGCUCAUCCAGAACCACUUCGUGGACGAGUACGACCCCACCAUCGAGGACUCGUACCGCAAGCAGGUGGUGAUCGAUGGGGAGACGUGCCUGCUGGACAUCCUGGACACGGCGGGGCAGGAGGAGUACAGCGCCAUGAGGGACCAGUACAUGAGGACAGGAGAGGGCUUCCUCUGCGUCUUCGCCAUCAACAACAGCAAAUCCUUCGCUGACAUCAACCUCUACAGAGAACAGAUCAAGAGAGUGAAGGACUCAGAUGACGUGCCCAUGGUGCUGGUGGGGAACAAGUGUGAUCUGCCCACAAGAACAGUGGACACAAAACAGGCCCAAGAAUUGGCAAAAAGCUACGGAAUCCCCUUCAUAGAGACCUCUGCAAAAACGAGACAGGGUGUGGAGGAUGCUUUUUACACCCUGGUGAGGGAGAUCCGGCAGUACCGCAUGAAGAAGCUGAACAGCAGCGAGGAUGGGAACCAGGGCUGCAUGGGACUGUCCUGCCUUGUCAUGUGAGAAGAUGCCAAGAAAACGUGGUUCAGGUGCAGCUGCUGGAUGAGCCUCGAUCUGUGCUGCCUCUCCUGCUGCUCCCUGCAGUGUUUGGGUGCCAGUGACAGACUCUGGGCACCAGAGUUCAUUAAUUAGCACAAGAUGAAGAGAAUUAAUUAGCUCCAUCUGAAGAGAACAUCCAUGGCAUCUACCUCCCUGCUCAGCUCACGGAGCAGCAGCACCUCGGGAUGUGCUGGGAUUCUUCUCUCACUGUCACCUGGCUUCGUUCCAGAAGAAAACCAGCCCCAAAAGUGAACUGUAGAGACUAAAUGCUGUGAAAAAAAGAUGACACUUUACCUCUAGAGUAAAAGCUAGAAGUGCUGUGUGUCCCCUGUCUGUUGGAAUCCGUGCAGUGCUGUCACAGGAGUGGCACCGUUGGUGUCACACGGGGUGGUGCCACCCUGUCCCCUCCCAGCUGGGUGUCUGCUCUCUGUGCACCUGUACAGCAAAAAAAAAAAAAUGCAACAUCUCCAGUGCCAGGAGUGCCACCUACCUGAUCCUCCAUUGCUGUAAUAAAAAGGAAAACGUUUCCUAACUAAGUGCCUGUUUGCUAAGAAGAUUUGGAGUUGUCCCUUGGGUUGAGGAAAACCCCCAAGGACUGGAAUUUCUUGGGAGCUCAUUGUGUCAAGCAGGCAAGUGUGCUGUGGGUGAUCUGGGCCGGGCAGGAUCCCCCAGCAGGAAUUUGGAAGGUCCAGCAGGCACUUGAGAGACUUUUGGACAAGGGAGGGGACACACUGCAUCUGUGUUUUACUUUCUUUGUGGGUGGAACAGUUUAUAUUCUGUAUUGUUUUCCUGCAGCAUUCAGAUCUCUUCUAAGUUGGACCAAACCUGUCAGCUGUUCAUUUUUUAACAUGAACUGCCAACAUUUCUGGGCAGCUUCUCACUAAUUAAUUCUGGUAACUGGAGGUUGCUUUGGACAGCUGCUAUUCAGCUCUCUCUGUAACUUGCAAAUUGUUUUAUUCUGAAUUAUUUUCUUACCACAGACUGUAAAGCGUCUCUUCAAAAUGUCUCUAGGCUGUAAAAUUGGAGUUUCUUUGUCAGGGGUGCAGGAAGGGGCUGCUCCAACCCUGGCAGUGCCCAAGGCCAGGCUGGAGCAGCCUGGGGCAGUGAAUGGGAUGGAUUUAAGGUGGAUGGGAGGGGUGUUUGGGAUGAGAUUUGGGGUCCUUGCCAACCCAAACCAUCCUGGGGUUCUGUGCUGGAGGGGAGGAGGCUGAGAGCUGCCACGGGCACCUGAGCCAGCUUCUGAUUGCAGCAUCCUUGCAAAAUGAGGAAGGAAAUGAGCUCAGGGAUGGCUCCACAGGAGGUGGGGGCAGAUUGGUGAGUUCAGGGCUCACCCUGAGUGAGGGAAUUGUGAUUGUGAGCCCUUCCCUGCAGCUGAGGGAGCUUCUCAACAGAACAGACCAGACCAGAGCCCCCUGCCCUGCUCACCUGUGCCCAGCUGUGCUCACCCUGUCCCUGUGCUGCUGGGCUGGUUCUGCCCCCAAUUCAGCUCUGAGGAGGAGGAGGAGGAGGAAGGAGCCCUCAGCCAACAGAGGGAGCAUUUGGAGCAUUUGGUCAGUGCCAGGCCAGCAGAGCAGAUGCAGGAGGCUCAGGUUCAGGUUGUUGGUGUCAGUCACUCAUCUUAAUUUCAAGUGCUCAGUUUCAAAUGGACAUUGGAGAGUAGUAAACAGAGAGAGAAGAAUUUUUUCCUUUUAAUGUUGCUUCCUUCACUACUUACAGUCUUAAUUCUCUUCUUGGAAUGAAGAGGAUCAAUCUGCAUCACAUUUGCUUUAUCUGUGAUAAUCCUUAUAAAUACUUUUUUCAAUUUAUUUUAACUUUGACUGAUGUGACUGAUAAGAAUUAAAUCCACAAAAAAUUGAACAUAAAAUAUUAUUUUCCAGCAACACACACACAAUGGUGGGCAGAAUUGUGGGGACCAUUGGCUCCAAUUCAGUUUAUUUGAUGUUGCCCAGAGCAGCUGUGGCUGCCCCAUCCCUGGAAGUGUCCAAGGCCAGGAUGGAGCAGCCUGGGACAGAGGAAAGUGUCCCUGCCCAUGGAAUGAGCUUUAGGGCCCCUUCCAGCCCAAACCAUUCCAUGAGUGCAGAGGUUAAACCUGGCAGAGCUGCACAGCCAGGGCUGGGAAAGCUUUGUCAGAAAGAUUUUCUGUGAAAACCUCUGUGGGGCUGCUCCUGAAGGGCUGUGGGGCAGCCAGUUAAUAAAAACACCCCUGGGAAAGGAGGAGAAGCUUUUGGGAUACUCAUAGAACCAGCAGGAAGGGCAGUGUGGGGUUUGUGAGGACACUGAACGGUGACAUUCUGUCAAACUCUUGCUCAAACAUCAUGGAUGGGGUUGGAUUUCUUGGGAAAUGCAGGAAUUUGCUCAGCUGCUCGUGGCCAUGGGAAGCCUCUGGCAUUUGAUGUUUGAAGGGUGUGUGCUCAACCUGGAGAAUUAUUUGCAUCAUAGCAAUGCCCCACACUGCUCAGCAUGCUCUGGCAUUAAAAUGUACCAGCUGUAGCUGGGAAUUCUCAGCAAUGUGUGGGAACUGACUGGAAAAUGCAUCUGCUGCUCUUUGCUGUUCCCUUUCUCUUGGGCUCCAUAAAAGGGAAAAAGCCCUGCUGAGGGUAGGUCUGUAUUUGUGUCCCCCUUGGAACCUUUAGAAUGGUUUUUAGGAAUUUUUUUCAGUUUUUAGGGUGCUGCAGAGCUGACCUGCACAGGUGAUACUCCCAAGUCCAUCAGUCCAUUUGUAUUUUUUGCUGGAUUAGUUCCAAAUCCAGCAGAAAAUACAAAAUCAGGGUGUUGUACUAUCAGGAGUGAACUGAAUGGUUGUGAUUUGUUUCCAGCUGCCUCACAGAGAACCCUGGGUUUGGUGGCAGUCAAGAACUGGAAGGACAAACCCUGUGAAUUUGGGGGAAGUGAUUCAGAAGAUGAGCACAGAAGGUUUUGCACAAGACUGGUCCCUGGGAAAGGUGGUUUAGUAGAUUUGGUCCAAAUAUUGUUAUUUACAACAGCACAACUCUGCACUAGUGCCAAGCUGAUUUCACUGCCUUGGGCAGAACAGACAUGGACAACUUUUGAGGUAAAAUAUUAAAAUAUUAAAAAAGGAUAAAGCUCUUGUUCAGAACUUCCAAGUGCCAAUGACUGGAACAAAUGUCUGUGUUGUGUGGCUGAGCUCAGUCAGUGGAGCCAGUGGGAUCCUGGGGUUGUUUCUCUGUGUCCUCACUCCAUGUUCUUGCUCAAACAACUGCUCAGACUCUGUCCCUGUCCCUUUAACCAGGAUUUUAACCAGGAUCUUGACGCUGCCAUCACUUUUAGUGCAGCUCAGCCUUAGAAUUGGAUUUCAAGCAGCCUCAGGCCUGUGGGGGAUCACAUUCUGUCAAAAACCCCAAACCUCGAGUGUGUGCCUGUGGUAACCCUCAGGAUGGUUGGGAAUGUUGGGAUCUGGACUUUUAACCCAAGGGCUAAUUUGUUGUUACUUUGUUUAAUUAUUUGCUUUCAAUAAUGCAUCUCUUUUUGGUUUGGAUUGAAGUAAAUUAUUUUGCUUCUUAAAUAACUUUUUUAAAAGAAUAAACUUU